AGUGGAAGCAAGACUAAUAUCCGGUAGAGUGAGGGCAAGUUGUUCGUGGGCUUUUUCACGUUUGGUUCGAAAGCGACUGAGAACUCCUUCAUAUUGCCCAGGACUUACCCAUAGACGCAAGAUGGCCCAGGAGACCAACCAGAGCCCAGUGCCCAUGUUGUGUGCCACAGGCUGUGGCUUCUAUGGGAACCCUAGGACCAAUGGCAUGUGCUCUGUUUGCUACAAGGAGCAUCUGACAAGACAGAACAAUGGAGGAGUGAGCCCUCUUAGCACUAUGGGAACCAGCAGUGUAACCAGCAGUCCUACCUCAGAUUCCUCAGCCAUCCAGAUAAUUGAAGCCACUUUAAAUAAUGCAGCCAGCGGGUCGGAAUCAUCUAGCGUUGCUGCAGCAGCUCUUCCUGUUACCCAGCAAAUGACUGAAAUGAGCAUUUCAUGUGAAGAGGAGGCUACAACUUCUAAAGUAGACAUCCCUGAACCUGUAGUGACACAGCCAGCAGCCUCUCAUUCCCCCUCCAGUGCAACAGGUAGCGAUGAUGCCAAAGCACCAGAGGCCCCCAAACCGAAGAAGAACAGGUGCUUCAUGUGCCGCAAGAAGGUUGGCCUCACAGGGUUUGAUUGCCGCUGUGGGAAUCUCUUCUGUGGACUCCACCGCUACUCAGACAAGCACAACUGUCCCUAUGACUACAAAGCUGAAGCUGCUGCCAAGAUCCGCAAGGAGAACCCAGUGGUGGUUGCCGACAAAAUCCAGAGAAUAUAAAGAGCCCUCUUCCACUUUUGACCUUGAAUCCUGGAAGAGAUUGACUAAAAGGACUCGCGCCUGACCUGCGACCUAAAGGACUAGGUUUUCUUUUUGUUUUUUAAACUACAGUAUGGAGGAAAAUCCCAUUCUCAGCCAAUGCAUGAGUGAUCACAUUUUCUUUCGUUUUUUUUUUUUCCCCUCAUUUUUUUUGUUUUCUGUCUUUGGUUGUAUGAGCCUCAAUUAAGAAAAAAAGAAAACAACAAAAAAAAAAGAACUGAGAAAGAACACAAGAAUGUUUUCCCAGCAAAAAAAAGGUACCGACCAGAGCCUGCGUGCCUGAAGGUGUCUGGGUCUAGGCAGAAUUGUUUGCCAGUUCUGUUGGUUGUAUUGAAAAGGCUGAUUGGUGUCUCUUGUGAUGAUUGUUCUAAGUUUACUUUGUGAUUGUGCAUCUUUCUCUGUCCAUCUGUUGUGCUGGGAGAGGGGUGGACUUACUGUAGCCAGUGGGACUCUUUGAGACUGUUACUGUCCUGGCCUGAGCACUGUAGACAUGUCUGUGCAUGGCUGGCACAUGGUUCAUACGGAUGCUGUCCUCCUCCUCUCUGGUCGGAUGAAGAAAUCAGCUUCACUUUGAUUCCUGGUGUGACUUCAGCUUUACAGGGUUGUUUUUUUAAUGAGCAAAAUGUGUUGCUGUUAGUGCUUGAGCCUCAACCAGAUGCAAUCACCAGGCAGAUUUCUCUGGAGUGAUUAUUUUUUUAUUUUUAUUUUUUUUUUCCCUCUUGAACAAGUGUUUGUGAGAUCAUUUUCCCAUCUGAAUAGUAUAAGCAGCCAGACUCCUUCCCUAGUGACAUGUUUUAGGGUGAGUGUUUUAAAUUUGACAAAACAGUUUGUCAGUAUGGAUGAGGUAGUGGCGUGGAUUCAUUUUAAACAAAACAAAAAACAAAUCUGCAGUUGGAUUUUUGUUGAUCCUUCAGUGACAUACUGCACAAUGCAAAACGAGCUUUUAUGUUGUUGUUGCUUCUGCCUUUGCUUUACUGAUCCAUCUGUUAAAGGUUUAAGGGGGGUACUGUUUUAAAAUGACAAAAUAUUUCCUCAUGAACAAGGAGGGGUUUCCCGGUGUUCUUUUGCAUGGCUAGUAAUCUUAACUUCAGAAUGCGUAAACUAAGUUGUUGAGGUUGCCGUUGUACCAGUAGUCCACUUUUGUAUUUGAUCUAAAGUUCACCUCUAAUGAAUGUUUGUUUUUUCUUUUUCGUUUGAUUGAUAUUUCCAUACGUAUUGUGGCGUGUGUGUGUGUGUCACAUGCUAUGUAUUAACACAGGAGAUGAAAGUUCUUGGCCGUUGUCUGUAGACCCACUGUCAUGAGGAGGAGCUGAAUGAGUAUUGUGUGUAUGUAGUCCAUUUGUCUCAUUGGUGGACUUUUGGGUAUGUUUAGGUUACUGUUCAAGUCCAUUUUUGUUUGUUUGUUUUUGGUCUGGCUGCAUCGCACUGUUCUCUCCCUUUAGGGGUGCGAGUUUACACAGUUAAACUAACAAUCUGUUUUAAUUUCGCCUUUUUAGUUAUGCAAGUUUGUACAAACCAUCUUUAUAUUUAUUGUAUUGCGCAUAUAAUCUUGUUACCCAACAUUAUUGCAAAAAUUGUAUCAUGUAAAUAAAACAAUGUACAGAGAUGUA